CUGUCAUUUUAGAGAACUUAAAUGUUGCCACUGAAGAAAGCACAGAUCUUCUUUGUGAGGAGGACUUUGAUAUGUUUUAUGAGACCUGGGGAAAAUUUAAUCCUCUGGCAACACAGUUUAUUGACUAUUCUGCUCUUUCAGACUUUGCAGAUGCUCUGGCAGAACCCUUGCGCAUUCCAAAGCCCAAUAGCAUCCAGCUCAUAUCCAUGGACCUCCCUCUAGUGAGUGGAGAUAGGAUCCACUGCUUGGAUAUCUUGCUUGCUUUCAGUAAACGAGUCUUGGGAGAAUGUGGAGAUUUUGAUACAAUUAAAUUACUCAUUGAAGAAAAAUUUGUGGCUGCCAAUCCAUCUAAAAGUUCUCAUAGGCCAAUUUCUUCUACAUUUAAGAGAAAACAAGAGGAGGUAUCAGCAGUUAUUAUCCAAAGGGCCUUCAGGAGUUUAUGUUAUUCAGCUGAAGUGUCAUGGUGGAUUCAGAACCACUAAUAAAAUACGACU